UUAAGGCCGACACUCGUGCGGCGCACUUCGGCCCGACGACAUCGGCCAGGAUCGUAGACACGUGCGUGUGCGUUAACCCUUUCGUAUCAUCCCCUCGUUAGAUCGUCCAAGAUCGAUGAGAUCCAUUCGUGCCGUGUAACGUAACGCGUCCGUGUUAUAAGUUAUUAUAUUAUGAUAUUUCUAAAUCGUCGUGUAAUUUAGUUCGUUUUUUUUUUUGCACGUACAACAGUUUGUUACGGUUGAAUUUAUUUUCGCGAUCGCGAUCGUGGCAACAAAGUCGCAAGAGCGAAUUUAUCGUCACGUGGAUAGUCGAUUUUUGUGGCGAUGUGUAAACCGCACCGCGAAGAAGGGUGAGAAACAAGUGUGAUAUAUGUAAUUGUAAAGUGAGACACUGCGGUGUGAUCUGUCCUUGGAGAAGGGUUGAACCGAUUCCUCGAUGCGCCCUUCCUUGGAGGGCGCAGCCUGUACGCGGUGGCAAGUCGAAGAUCUUUGACGAUAGCUCGCACGCAAUAGAAUUUGGAGCACGUAGAAACGGGAUAUCUUCUCUAGAAAUCGGAAGACGGACGAAGAAUUUGCCGAUCGACGACCGAAAGGAUCAUGAAGAAAUCUUACUUUAUCUUCGUGUUCUGUCUUCAGAUAUGCCUGCUGGGCUUCGUGGUCAGCGACAACAGUACGAUCGGCGACUCCAUCAUCGAGGAUGUUUCGGAGGUCUCGGAAACUAACCUCGACGCAGACUCGGGAGACCAGAGCGUCACGUGGGGCGAAUGGUCACCAUGGUCCAAAUGGUCCAGUUGUUCAAGGAGCUGCGGGGGAGGGAUUUCUCGACAGCAGAGGCGCUGCAGAAGAAAACCGUGCAAAGGUAGAUCGUGGAACACGAAAUAUAAAAUCUGUAAUCCUGAGCCCUGCGAAAAUCCGAGCGAUUUCCGGUCAGAGCAAUGCGCCGCGUUCGACGAUGUGCCAUACAGCGGACAAUUGCUGAAAUGGUAUCCACAUUACGAUCCUAGCAGGCCGUGCGCUUUGAUCUGUCGUGGCGAGCAAUCGGUGGAGAACACGGGGAAUCGGCUCAGGCAGGAAACGUCCGUCGAAAAGACACUUCCGCACGACGCCACUGACGCUUUGCAGCUCGACAGCGAGGAAACAAUCGUGGUUCAACUCGCGGACAAAGUCGAGGAUGGCACCAAAUGCUACACCGAUAGCAUGGACGUUUGCAUCAAUGGUGAAUGCAUGAAAGUCGGGUGCGACCUGCGAGUGGGCAGCAACAAGAACACGGAUCCCUGCGGAGUGUGCGGAGGAAACGGAUCGAGCUGCCAGUCGCGAUACUCGUGGAGUUUGGAAUCGAUAUCCGCCUGCUCGAAAUCAUGCGGGGGAGGCUUCAAGAUUGCUAUGGCUGUGUGCAAGGCUAUCGGCCCAGACGAGAGCGUGGUAGACGACAGCUAUUGCGAUCCCGACAACAGGCCAGAGAAGACCCUGAUGCCGUGCAACACGCACCCCUGCACCGCAAAAUGGGUAGCCGGCGAGUGGAGCAUGUGCAGCGCUAGCUGCGGGGGUGGAUCGAGGACCAGAACUAUUUUCUGUACGGAGGAGAACGGCAAUGAGACUACGAAGUUACCCGACCACAAGUGCAGCAACUCGCGCAAGCCUCAUAACCAAGAAACUUGCAACCCCAUCUCGUGUCCCAUGUGGGAGACCAAUAAAUGGAGCGAGUGCUCCAAGACUUGCGGUACCGGAAUCAGGACGAGGACAAUCGAAUGCAGGGACGCUAUUGGGUCGAUUUCAAAAGACUGCGAUCUCGCUGAACGACCGCACACCGAGCAGGAGUGUAAAACAAAUAUCCCCUGCCCGAUAUAUGGCGAGGAAAUGACGCAGCCGUUGAUGCAACCGUACCCACCUCCACCUGUGUCAGAAAAAUUGAUCGACCAACCGAUACCCUCGGAAUCCACGUUCAUCGCGGAGGAAUGGUCAUCGUGCAGCGUCACGUGCGGCGAAGGGAUCAGGCAUCGCGAAGUCCGUUGCAAGAUAUACCUCGAGUUCAGUCGAACGAUCGCCGAUCUGCCGGAUCGACAGUGCUCGGGGCCGAAACCGAUCGAGAAGGAGAAAUGCGUGAUGGCGCCGUGCAAUGUGAUUGAAAACAGUCUCAGCUACGGGAUCGACACUGUCGACGACAGUGGAUACGCGGAGCCAAGCCUGGCUGACACUUACAGAUCAUCCUCGAGCGGUUCGAGCGGGAGUGGUUACGAUGGUGGGAUUAAGGUCGCUCCGGGAAGCGACGUGCAGACCACAUACUCGUGGAAGGAAGCUGGUUACACGCCUUGCAGCGCGACUUGUCUCGGAGGUUCUCAGGAGCUGAUAGUCAAUUGCGUGCGAGACGACACCGGAAAGACCGUCAUGCCUUUUCUUUGUUCCGCUGAAACGAAACCGGAAGUUAGGAUAAGAGUUUGCAACGACCAUCCUUGUCCACCUAGAUGGAAUUUUAGUGAAUUUUCACCGUGCAUGAGUCCAUGCGGAAUCGGCAUACAGACGCGUGAUGUUACGUGCAUACACGAGGUGAUACGCGGCACAGGUAAGAUGGUUCCAGUGCCAAACCAUAUGUGCCCGCAGCCACAGCCAGCGGACAGACAAUACUGUAAUGUAUGGGAUUGUCCGGUUAAAUGGAAUACCGGCAAAUGGGGCAAGUGCUCGAAAACUUGUGGAGGAGGUGUGAAGAAACGAAAAGUGAGUUGCGAACAAAUAAUGGCUCAGGGGCGUAAACAAAAUCGAAAGGAUAACGAAUGCCCGUCUCAAAAGCCAGCCUCGGAGAAGCCUUGCAACACCAGAGCAUGUCACGAUAUGGAUGCAGGUUCCCUGCCCAUAAUUACCAGUCAAAAUACAACAUAUAACCAGACAGACAUGAACGCGAAGGUAGAUUUAAAGAUCGGCGGUAUUGCGAAGAUUUUUCAAGGCACGUCCUCUAUAAAAAUUCGUUGCCCCGUGAGGAAAUUUGACAAAGCACAGAUCACGUGGACCAAAGAUAAUAAAGAAUUAAGGAAAUCGAGGAAAUAUAAAAUUAGCAGGAAGGGGGCGUUAAAGAUAAACGACAUAACAUCCUCGGAUGCUGGUGUUUACGCGUGUAUAGCCGGAAAUUCUCAUGCGGAGACACAAUUGAUAGUGAAAUUUCGUUCAAAGGAACAGAUAAGUAGCGAGGAGUAUUUACGAUUAAGCAAUUCCGUCCAUCGACAACGAAAUGCAAAUUUGGACUCGGCGCCUGCUAAUUCAGGCGAAAGUCUCUACACUGAUCCAGCAGUUGAUUUUCUAAUAGCCGCGUACGGAAACCGUUUUGUUCCCAUCGACAGCGAAGAUUUAAGUCAUGAACGAGCAGUCCCUAGUAAUCCUACGAGAAAGCCACAUCAGAAAAAACAGAAAACUAGCCCAACGCCGCCGGAUUCUACGAUGAUGCACAAAGAACACGUUGUAACAUCGUUGAAUCAGCCAGGGUACCACGAAUCCGUGGAAUCGACUGCACCCUCGAGAUCAAGUGCCUCUACUCUUAUACCGCACUUAACUUAUUUUAUAUCAACAUUAAAGGAAUAUUGGCCAUUCCAAAGUGACAGUUCUGCGGGAAGAUCUCACAGGACAGCCCCAGUGACAUACAUCGAUGAUGCAAAGAAAGAAGCGACAAACUUUGCGACAAAACGUACAAUGCCCGACAAAAAUUCCGAUUUGAGAUACAAAAAUAUGAAAGAUAAUUUGGACACGUUAUAUAGAAACACCGCGAUUCCUGACGAAACUUUUGGACCGGAUGAAGAAAGAAUAUUCAUCGACGUCGAUCCAUAUGAUUUAGACGAAUCCAUAUUUGGAUUGCAACACAACGAUCCGGUGAAAAUCACUCCUGUUGUGAUUAAAGAUCGUUUAGUCACGCCUGCGAAAUCUGAUGUAGAUUAUGUUGAAGAAUCUUUGAAAAAUGUCAAAAGACAAUGGCACGAUAAAACAGACGUUAAAAAUCAUUGGAGUUCCACGCCUAAAAAUCAAAAUAAAGAAUCUAUAAAUCUGGCAACCAGUUCGGAGAAUAUUGGUUUGGAGAUGUAUUAUGUUCCAGAUUCAAAUAUCAAACAUAAUGUAGAGAAAUUCGAAGAAUCUCACGAUAAAAAUCAAUCUGAUCGAAAAAAUUAUGAUAGUAUUUUUGAAAGCGGACACGCUUCUUCUACGAUUUCGCUUAAAGAAACGGAUAUAAUUUCGAAAAAACCGGAUAUUGAUGACGAGGAAAUGAAAGUUUUAAAUAGAACGGAAGAAUAUGGAUAUAUUUUUGAGGAAGAAAUGAAGAAACGAAAAGUUCAUGUUGAAAAUGACACGGAUAAAGAUAGUAUUACUCGAGAAACGACGACCAGAGAUUUGGAAGAUGAUUUGAUCGAUUUGGCGCGAAUGGAAGAUCGAGAACCCGUAAAAAUUGAAAAAAAUAUAAAGAAUUUGUCGCGAAAUCAAGAAGAUCGUAACAAUUCGUCCGAAGAUGUGAAUAAUGAAGAAAUACAAAAAACUAAUAAAUCUUUGGAUACCACGACUAUAGCUUUUAUUGAACCAAAUGUUACCACCGAUUCUACGAUUCCAUCUCUUAGUGUCCUAGAUACUACGGAAGAUCUAGUUUUCGAGUGGAUAACGACAGAUUGGUCAAAGUGUUCCCAAACAUGUGGAGGAAGCGGAUUUCAAAUGCGAGGAGCUCAGUGUACAGUUCGUGCGGCAAAAAUGAUUGGGAACACAACUCGUACAUCACCACGAACAGUAAUAGGAGCGACAUUGUGCGAAGAUGCUGGACAUCCGGUACCUCAAAAAGUCAGACCUUGCGGAUUUGGUAAAUGUCCUCAAUGGCACACAACUGAAUGGACUUCGUGUGAAACAUCCAGAUGUUUUAAUUGGAAAACUGCGAUGCAAAGACGUGACGUUACUUGUCGCUUGAUCGAGGACGUGGAAAAUGGACAACAAAACAUUACCUUACUCGAUCCUAACAAAUGUGAUGACACUAUAAGGCCUCUUCAAAGGCAAGAAUGUUAUAAUGACGCCUGCAAAGGUGUCUGGAGAGUUGGAGAAUGGUCAGAGUGUACAGCAUCAUGCGAAGAAGACGGUAUCAAAUAUAGAAUCUUACAAUGUGUUUGGUAUGGUACCAAGAAACCAGCUGGUAAUGCGUGCAGAGAUAUUCCACGACCUCCGGUGAUGAAGACAUGUAGAGGUCCACCAUGUCCUCAAACACCUGAUGAGUGUAAAGAUCAUUCACAACUCUGUGGCAGAGUGAAAACAAUGAAUAUGUGCAGGGUGCCUCUUUAUCAGAAGCAAUGCUGCCAAUCAUGUCAUUAGGCCCAAAUAAUCGAUAGCAAUUAUUGAUAUGGAAAAGAAAUGCUCUAGAUAAAAAUUGAUAAUGAGAGGUGCGCGCGAGAAGAAUGUCACAAUGAAGACAACAAGACAAAGAUUAUCUUCGCGAAAACGUUUACUAAAACGUUUCGUGUAAUUUAUUGUUGCUUGCUUGUUGAAAGAAUGUAAGAAUAAAAAAUUACAUUUGAAUCUACGAACAUAUGCAGCUACAAAAUAUGUAAGAAAUAUUGAAGAAAUAGUAUCGACCAAAUUACUUCCGCUAAUGAUAAUUGUUCCCAUCCUUUUUCCAUACCCUUAAAGUCUGAACAUCAGAUUGCACCCGUUAAAAAUCUAAUUCCUAAUUAUGUACUAAAUCUAUAAUUUGCGGACAUGUAUCAUGUGUAGUUGGACACGAUUCUUAAUUGCGCACGCUCAAUCCUCUAAGAAGAACUAGAAAAUCUUGGCAUUCAUCAAAAUUAAUAUUAAAAAAUUAUAUUGUUGAAAUUAAA